AUGUCCGAGUUAACACCUGAAGCUUCCCGUUUGUAUCGUGUGCGUAAGACGACGGUCAAGAUGCUACACAAUCGUGGUUACAUUGUAAGUGAGAAUGAAUUAGUUAUGACACCUGAGGCUUUUCAAUCACAGUUUGGGGACAAUCCCACCCGUGAGAUGAUGACAAUUCUUGUCGAGAAGAUUGACGACCCAAGCGACAAUUUGUUUGUCUUUUUUCCAGAAGAUACAAAAGUAGGAGUUAAACCGAUUCGAAACUACUGCAAUCGUAUGAAAGAUGAAAAUGUGACCAAAGCCAUUCUUGUCGUGCAAGAAGGCAUUACGCCAUUUGCCCGUCAAGCGCUUAAUGAGAUGGCGCCACGUUACAAAAUUGAGCAUUUUAAAGAGACUGAAUUACUUGUAGACAUUACAGAACAUACACUUGUACCUGUACAUCGUGUACUUGGUCGAAGUGAGAAGGCAGCGUUGCUCAAGCGGUACCGUAUUCGUGACUCGCAAUUGCCGAGAAUGCAGGUGACGGACCCCAUUGCACGUUACUAUGGAAUGAGUCGAGGCCAAGUGGUUAAGAUUAUUCGACCGUCCGAAACGGCUGGUCGCUACGUCACGUAUCGCGCUGUCAUUUAA